AUGAUGGCCGCCGUCUGCAACUUCCAGCUAGCUCCAGUCUUCUUCUCCGGCGACGGUUUCGCAAUAAAAGGUGCACGGAAAUAUUAUUUGGUGGAUUCCGGAUAUGCCAAUCAACCGGGUUUUUUGGCUCCCUAUAGGGGCCAACGGUACCACUUCCAAGAGUACCGUAGAGCUUCUCAGCAACCCCAAGGUAGAGAGGAAAUAUAUAAUCACAGGUACUCGUCAUUGCGCAAUAUAAUUGAGCGUUAUUUUGGGAUGCUUAAGAUGAGAUUCCCCAUCUUAAAGCAAAUGCCCCCAUAUAGGUUUGAAGCUCAAGUUGCUAUUGUUUUAGCCUGCUGCACACUUCAUAACUUUAUAAGAAAGGAGACGCAUGUAGAUCCAAUAUUUAAUGAUGCAACUAUGGAGGCGAUGAUAGAUGAAAUUUUUGAAGAUGAUGAUGUUGAUGUUCAGCCUAAUGCGUCGCACUCUCGCUCGCGACCAAUGGAUAUUAUAUGCGAUUAUAUUAAUGAUUCUAUAUGGAAUGCAAGUCAGCACCCUUGAAAUACUUUUACAUGUUUAUCAUGUUUGGAUAACUGUAAUAACUACUUUAGACUUGUUCCAUUUGUUAGUAUUUGGAUAACUGUAACAACUACUUUAUUUUAAUUAUUUGUUAGGAUUUGGAUAA